AUGUCACACAUGUUACUGGGGCUGUUUCUUGCAGAGCUCUUGUUGGUACAUGGAGCAGUGGAGGAUGACGCUCCUCUCUGUCGGAUACUGAGGAGCCCAGAGUACCCUCUGCUGGCUAAAGAAGGAGAUGUCACAAUUGGGGGAGCCUUUUCCAUCCACACCAAAAUCACACAGCCUCCACUGUCCUUUACAGAAAAACCAGCAUAUCUCACAUGUUCCAGGAUACCUUUGAGACAAUUUAGAUUUGCACAAACUAUGAUUUUUGCCAUUGAGGAAAUCAAUAAAAGGGACUCUCUUCUUCCUAAUGUUUCAAUUGGAUAUCGUAUCUAUGACAACUGUGGCUCAACAUUAACAUCCAUGCGUGCAGUGAUGGGCCUGAUGAACGGUGGAGAAUGGGCUGUGACAAAGAGCUGCUCUGGUCAAUCAGCUGUUCAUGCAAUUAUAGGAGAGUCUGAGUCCUCUUUAUCUAUUGUUUUGUCACGUACCACUGGACCAUUUGAAAUACCAGUGAUCAGUCAUUCAGCUACUUGUGAGUGUUUAAGUAAUAAGAAGGAGCAUCCAUCUUUCUUUCGAACCAUCGCCAGUGACCUUCACCAGAGCCGAGCCCUCGCCCAGCUGGUGAAACACUUCGGCUGGACCUGGGUCGGUGCCGUCAACAGUGACAGUGAUUAUGGGAACAAUGGCAUGGCCAUCUUUCUUUCUGCAGCACAGGAAGAAGGAGUUUGUGUGGAGUACAGAGAGAAAUUUAACAGAGCAGAGCCAGAGAAGGUGAUGAGAGUGGUGGAAGUGAUCCAGAAAAGCACAGCGAGGGUUAUCAUUGGUUUCUUGGCCCAUGUGGAAAUGACUAAUCUUUUAGAGCAGUUGAGUUUGCAUAACAUCACAGGGCGACAGUUUAUUGGAGUGGAGGCCUGGAUCACUGCUGACAGUGUUGUGGCUCCGAACAGCUUCAGUGUGUUGGGAGGAGCUCUAGGUUUUGCUGUGCCAAAGUCCAAUAUCAGUGGCCUUGAUACAUAUUUAAUCAAGGAUUUCUGGGAAACAGAUUUCAAGUGCAAAGAAAAAGACAAGGGCAGCAGUAGUGAAAGAGCUUGUAAAGUUAACCAUGAUCUUGAUGAGCUGAAAGAGUAUGUUGAUGAUGUAGCAAAGCUGACGUACACCAGUAACAUCUAUAAGGCCGUUUAUGCAGUGGCUCAUUCUCUGCACAGUGUAUUAAACUGUUCAGACAGUCUGGGUUGUAACAAGACAAAGGCACUUACACCCAAAGAGAUAAUGGAGUCUCUCAAAAAGGUCAAUUUUACCAUAAAGAAUGGAGAGCAGGUUUGGUUUGACAGCACUGGAUCAGCUGUGGCCCGGUAUGAGGUGGUGAACUGGCAACAAGAUCCAAAUGGCUUAAUAGAGUUUAAACCUGUCGGGUACUAUGAUGCUUUUCUACCUCCUGGACAGAGGUUUGUCCUCAGGACUGAGGAAAUUAUGUGGCCUGGAGGAAACAAAGAAUUACCUGUGUCAGUCUGCAGUGAAAGCUGUCGUCCAGGGACUCAUAAAGUUCUGCAAAAAGGAAAACCUGUCUGUUGUUAUGACUGUAUACCAUGUGCAGAAGGAGAAAUCAGCAACACCACAGAUUCUACUGACUGUGUGAAAUGUCCUGAAGAGUACUGGUCCAAUCAAAAUAGAGAUGCAUGUGUAAUGAAAAAUGUUGAGUUCCUUUCCUUCACUGAGGUUAUGAGUAAAAUCCUUGUGUUUUUCACUGUGUUUGGUGUGCUCCUCACAUUAAUUGUGGCCACUACGUUCUUAAUGAAUAAAGACACUCCCUUAGUAAAGGCAAAUAACUCAGAGCUGAGUUUCCUGCUGCUCUUCUCUUUAACCCUGUGUUUCCUGUGUUCUCUGACUUUCAUGGGACGUCCAUCUCAGUGGUCCUGCAUGUUCCGUCACACAGCUUUCGGGAUCACCUUCGUCCUCUGCAUCUCUUGUGUUCUUGGUAAAACUAUAGUGGUGUUAAUGGCCUUCAGGGCUACACUUCCAGGCAGUAAUGUGAUGAAAUGGUUUGGGCCUGUUCAACAGAGACUCAGUGUUGUGGCUUUUACUCUCAUACAGGUUGUUAUUUGCAUACUUUGGCUCACAAUCAACCCUCCGUUUCCCUUUAAAAACAUGAAACACUUUAAAGAAAAGAUCAUCCUGGAGUGUGCCCUGGGAUCCCCUGUAGGGUUCUGGGCUGUGUUAGGGUACAUUGGCCUCUUAGCUCUGCUGUGUUUCAUAUUUGCUUUUCUGGCUCGAAAGCUGCCUGAUAAUUUUAAUGAAGCUAAAUUCAUCACCUUCAGUAUGCUCAUAUUCUGUGCAGUCUGGAUCACCUUCAUCCCAGCUUAUGUCAGCUCUCCUGGAAAGUUCACAGUAGCUGUGGAGAUAUUUGCUAUUCUGGCUUCAAGUUAUGGACUACUUUUUUGUAUAUUUGCACCAAAAUGCUUUAUCAUUUUGCUCAAACCUGAAAUGAAUACAAAGAAACAUAUGAUGGAUAGAAAAUGAGAUAAUGUGAGCAAAACUAUCUAUGAGGUAACUUUAGUUUUUAUUCUUCUGAA